CGUGUAUGGCCACCUUAACUUGUAGGUGAAAUCUAAUUGCUGAUUGGAUGCAAUGCGCAACAUCAUUGUACAGUAGUGUAAUUGCACUGCUUUUUAAUGUAAUUAAACCUAUGGCAGAACCAGUCAAGUAUUGAUAAAGUUUGUGUGUUCUCUCAAAGAGCCAUUUUUAUUAAGAGCAGUAAUGUGUCUGAAAAUAUUGGGCUGUAUGUGCCCCCAGCAUUCACCCAAUUUGUUGAAUUGUGUUGAAAUUGUCUGCAAUGCAGAACAUUCUUCUGUAUUCAUUUACAUUUCCUAUUUUUUUUUUCUUGAUUUUCAUUUGCAGAAAUGGCAUCUGAUGUCCCAGCUCUGGGUGUUGCAGUCUCUACUGGAAAUCCUGGUUCAAGUGCACAGGCUGGCGGAUCCAUGGUGCAAAGAGCCAAUAAACGACGCUCAGGGUUAGAUUUUGAUGACGAUGACGACGAUGACACAGGCAAUAAAUUUCUCAGGUGUGACGAUGAUGAUGAUCAGCUUCCAAAUGACAAAGAGAGAUUUGCAAGGUCGGAUGAUGAGCAGAGCUCAGCGGAUAAGGAAAGACUUGCAAGGGAGAAUCACAGUGAAAUAGAACGUCGUCGAAGAAACAAGAUGACUGCCUACAUCACAGAGUUGUCUGAUAUGGUGCCCACCUGCAGUGCUCUCGCACGUAAGCCUGACAAGCUCACCAUCCUGCGCAUGGCUGUCUCACAUAUGAAGUCUCUUCGGGGCACUGGUAACACACCCACAGAUGGCACUUACAAGCCUUCUUUCCUGACUGAUCAGGAGCUUAAACACCUCAUUUUGGAAGCAGCAGAUGGGUUUCUUUUUGUGGUAUCCUGCGAAACCGGCAGAAUUGUGUAUGUAUCAGAUUCUGUGACCCCAGUCCUUAACCAGCACCAGUCGGAGUGGUUUGGGAGCAGUGUUUACGACCAGGUGCACCCAGAUGAUCUAGACAAGCUUCGAGAGCAGCUUUCCACAGCUGAGAAUGCCAUGACAGGUCGUAUUCUGGACUUAAAGACCGGUACAGUAAAGAAAGAAGGGCAGCAGUCCUCCAUGAGAAUGUGCAUGGGCUCUCGCAGAUCAUUCAUCUGCAGAAUGAGGUGUGGAAAUGCAGUAAUUGAAUCCUCCUCCAUGAACCGACUUAGCUUCAUGAGAAACCGGUGCAGAAAUGGUUUGGGUCCAUCUAAAGAUGGAGAGCCACAGUUUGUGGUAGUGCACUGCACCGGAUACAUCAAAGCCUGGCCUCCAGCAGGUGUCACGUUACCAGACGAUGAUCCCGAUGCAGGUCAAAGCAGCAAAUUCUGUCUUGUGGCCAUUGGCAGACUGCAGGUGACAAGUUCUCCAACCUGCACAGACAUGAACACUGUCUGCCAGCCUAUAGAGUUCAUUUCCCGGCACAGUGUUGAUGGCUUGUUCACUUUUGUGGAUCACAGAUGCACUGCUACAGUUGGAUACCAGCCACAGGAGCUCCUUGGAAAGGAUAUUGUGGAGUUUGCCCACCCUGAAGACCAGCAGCUGCUUAGGGACAGUUUCCAACAGGUGGUGAAAUUAAAGGGUCAGGUCCUGUCCGUCAUGUUCCGGUUUCGCUCCAAAACAAGAGAGUGGCUUCUGAUGAGAACCAGCUCCUUUACCUUCCAGAAUCCAUACUCUGAUGAGAUUGAGUAUAUCAUCUGUACCAACACUAAUGUGAAAAACUCCAAUCAGGAACCUCGCCCUGCCUUGGCCAGUACAAUACAGAGGCCUCCCCUUGGUCCGAGCAUCAACCACCCCAUGGAUAUGGGGCCAACUCAGCUUCCAGGGAGGCAGCAGCAGCCACAGGCACCUCCUCAAGCAGAUGUUGUGUCCAACAGAGAGGGCUUGGGCUCCUAUAACCACACACAGGUCCCAGUGCAGCCCAUAGGCUCAGCUGUUCCUGAUCACAGCAAACCAUUGGAGAAAACAGAGAGCAUUUAUGGACAGGACAGAGACCCCAGAUUUGUGGAGAUCUACAGCAACAUCAACUCAGAUCAGAACAAAUCAAUAAACCCCAGUGUUGUCUCUGGCAACCAGCAGCUCUUCCAGCAAUCUGGCACUUUUACAUCUGCGCCUCGCCCUGUAGAGACUUUCAGGAGUGGUGGGAUGGUGCCUCAGCCUAGUAUCAUCCAACAACCUGUAUCCACAGGGCAGAUGUUGGCCCAGAUUUCCCGCCAUACCAGUCCCACACAGGUCACAGGGACCAAUUGGAGCUCUGGCACUCGUCCGUCCUUCACUGCCCAGGUACCAACACAAACACCAAAGACUCAGGCAUCACAGUUUGGGACGGGCAACUUCCAGGCAACCCCUUCCAACUUCAGCCAUUUGUCAUCACAGAGCUCCGCCUCCACUCCCGCAGGAGCAUCAUAUUCCAGCAUGAACAGCCGGACAAACAACUUUGCUGCAGAAGUUGCCCAACCAAGAGGCCAGUUCCAGACCCGGGCCGGUGAUUCAGUCGGUGUUUGGCCUCCGUGGCAAAGCCAGCAUCAUGGACACAGCACAGCUGAAUCUCAUGUGUCUAACCAGACUGAGGUCUUCCCAGAUAUGCUCUCCAUGCUGGGAGACCAGACCUCAAGUUACAACAACGAGGAGUUUUCAGAGCUCAACAUGUUCCAGUCAUUUGCUGAGUAAAGUCGUAGUAGUGGAUAGAUCUCCUGGAAGGUUUCCUUAAGAGAAUCCGUUCCGACUUUUGUCCACGAAGACUGCUAUUUUGUCUGGCUCCUCCCAGAAGCACAAAGAAAUGGAGAAAGCCUUUUGUGAUUAAGGCUUAAAACAAAGCGAAGUACUUGAACCCAAAAGGGUGGAAGGAUAUUUACAGGGAUACCACAGAACUGCCUUUUAUCGAACAGCGAGAGGCUGAAAGAAGCCGAUCUGCAUAAACACCAGCUUUAAAUUCAUGUUGUUUCGCCGCUGCUUUAUUUUUCUAUAGCCUAUAAUGAGCAACAUCCCAUCGUGGCUGAAAACGUGAUGAAAUCCCAUUCUAACCAAUCACAUUUCAUCUUUUCUAAAUGGCUAAAAUAAUGAGCAGGAUUUGUUUAUUAUGGACCUCUCUUUCAGGGAAAACGUUUGCGUAAGAUAAUCAAAGUCAAAGCCGGUGCCUUCUGUAAUGCCAGGAAACCCUUCAGCAAGUGAUCCCAGCCUUCCCAAAUAAUUGCGAAUGCUGUUGCAUUUCUAAAAGCAAGGAAUGGAUCCAGGUCGGCUGUAUGCACAAUUACCCAUGAGUCCAUAAUUUAGGUCCCGCUGAGAUCAUGUGACUACAGCUGCUUGACUUGCAUGUGAUCAGAGCUGCUCUGGGUUUUAAAUAAUUCUGUGGUCUCUUUUUAGCACUUACAGGCAUGAGAUUCAGAACCACCUAUAUCUCUGACCACAGGAGAAAUUUAAAGGGGAACUCCACACAAACAUAACUUAAGCUUUUUAAAGAGUAAACAUAAUUUCAAGCAACUUUGCAAUGAAUUAAAAAAAUAUGCAGACUUUCCAUGAUUUUUAAUGGUUUGGAACAGUUCCCUAAGCCUAGCCCCCUGCUCUCCUGCUGAUCUGUCUGGCUACUUUGCUGAGCUGACUGACUACUGUUACUUUAGGACAUUGUCAGGAGAAAUCCAUGUCCUGUAUGCGAUCUCCAAUGCUAGAGGAAUGCAACGUUGCCUGCUUUUCCAUUCACCGCUCCUCAAAGCAAAUGUCACACCCGCUCAUCCCUCCUCAAAGCAGACGUCACACACUGCUCUCCCUCCUCAGCUUCUGCUCCUCCCUCCUCAGCCAUCCUACCUGGGUCCUUGCUCCUCACUCCUCCCUCCUCAGCCAUCCAUCCUGGGUCCUAGCUUCUCCCUUCCCAGCUGUCCGCUCUAGCUCGAAUUUGAUUGGUGCAAUUAAAAAACCUAAACCGCCUAUUGCCUAAAAGAAAUGGCAGAACAAGUAACUUUAAUUAGGGCGCAGGGCUAAAUAUGCGUACACUGAGGAGUGAGGAGCAACAGCUGAUGGCUGAGGAGGGAGAAGCUAUGACACCGGACGGAUGGCUGAGAAGUAAGGAGCGUGGACCCAGGACGGAUGGUUGAGGAGGGAGAAGGAUGGAGUGAGGAGCAAGAGCUGAGGAGGGAGGUGUGACGUCAGCCUCAGAGUAUGGAUGAGUAAAAAAGCAUGCCAUGUUGCAUUCCUCUUGCUUAGGACAGCGCAUGCAGGACAACAAUUUCCCCUGACCAUGUCCUAAAAUGUGUUCCGUAUCAGCAGCCAUCUCCAAACCCCACAAUUCCCUGCACACGUGAUUUCAAUAAGGAAAGGAACAUCACAGUGCAAUGCAUUGUGGGUUAUGUAGUUCCUGCAUGCUGUCUGUCAGUGUUUAGUCUCUCCUUCUCUGCCAGGAUCUCAAAUGAUGCAGAAAGAGAAGAACUGUUAAAACAGCUGGAUUUCAGCAUAGAAAAUGGCAUUUAUUCAUACUUUCUGAACAUACGGGUAACUGUGAUGGAUAUAUUAGGGAUUUCUGUGUUAUGUUUACCUCUUUAUCAAAUUUUGGUUCGGAAGCCUGAGUUCCCCUUUAAGUAAUCUGGCUUUGUGGAGAAGCAACAGAAUCAACGUGUGUGUUAUACAGUGAAAUCUAUCUUGAUUGAAAGACUUAUUGUGACCUGGUUGUAUGGGUAUUUGCCGAAGUAUAACGGAAUUUACCAUCUGCAUUCUUAGAACAGGAAGUUGGCAACCCCCGUGGUGGCCCAUCUGUUUUCCAUUUUCCAGUAUUCUGGCUGAGGAUGCUGGGAGUCUUUGUUAAAGAGGUGCUAGAGAACUACAGGGUGAAGAAAGAAGACACUGAGCAAUGAUUUGGAGUUUCACAACCGUGAUUGGCUGGCUGCUCCACCACUGAGCACUAAACCUUUUAGUAUGAGAGAAACGAGUGACACUUAUUGUACAGAACUGGAAGAAAGACAGGGAUCCCAUUGGGAGAAUAUUUCUGUUCAGAACCAAGUCCCCCAAUUGAAACACAGAUUGAAUUAUUUGCAACUUGUGGCCCUCCUGCCGUCUGUCUAGGUCUUCUCACUGCUGCCAUUUGCAAUAGCGCUGUAAGCUGGACACCCCCUGUUUUUUGUUUUUUUAUGUAACCUGUUGCUAUAUAUAAUUAUAUCAUUGUUUCCUAUUGACUGGAUAAAUAUGUAUUUCACUUUUAUAUUUUUGCUACAGAGGCUUUCUUUUCUCUGCCUCCUUGUCUGCAGAUCAACUGCUCUCAUUUUGUCUUUUACUUCAAUGCCCUUUUUGUGAAAAUUGUUUUAUGUGAAUACAGUAUGAAAUAAUAUAAUUUUAUGAUCUCUC